AUGGCUGGCGAAGGCGCUGCUGACGAAGGCCCGAGCGGUGCGACGUGUCGGAGAGCAUCAGCGGGCAGCGAGCGCGGGCCCGGCGGGGGCGGGAGUGGCAGGACGAGCGUCGCGGGGACGGAUAUGAAAGGCAAAGGGCGGGUGGGUCGGGCGGGGAAGAAGCACCCCACCCGCGCAGGGACCCCGACGUCGUCAUCGCCAGCAGCCGCCCACGCCCACGUGUUGGAGGAAGAAGGGAUGGCCUCGCACCCCGAGGGUGCGUCCCCCAUUGAUCGCCGCGCAAACGGAACCGAGGACAAGGAUGAUGCAAGUGGAGCGGGGUGCGUCCCGCAGAGCUUCGACGCCGGCAGCGCUCUGCCGACAACACCGCGGAGCCCCCGCGCUGCACCCACGGCGGUGCACGAUGGCGAGUACUACAUGGACAGCGCGGACUGCGUCGUCCGCGUGGGGGACACGCUCUUCAGGGUCCACCGCUACUUUCUGGGCGCGACUCGUCCGCGUUCCAGCACAUGUUCGCCAUGCCCCCGCCGACAUACCGCCGCUCUCGUCGAGGGCUCAUCAGAUGACAACCCAAUCUGGCUCUAUGGAGAGUCGCGGAGCGCUUUCGGGCCCUACUCUCCGUCAUCUACGCUCUUGUGCCCCGAUUCCCCCCUCAGAGAAGUACAGCUGACUGGGUUCCCGCCACGCAGCCCGCUCCAGCUCCAAGCGUACAACACCCCGGCGGGAGACGUCGACCGUUUACUGACGAUCGCAGAGAUGACCAACAAGUACCACUUCGCGUCGAUUGAGAAGUGGGCGGUCGACGCCCUCUACAACGUUAUUUCCGGACUCCACGGUGCCCCCCAGGAACAGUACGCACUCGCCACAUGCACCUCGGCGUGGAUGAAGCGUCUCCUCGAGGUGGCCAUGCUCUGCGACCACCCGCGUCUUAGGGACCUCGUCGCAGAGAGCUGGAUGGUCCGGAUCAUCGCGCUCGACCUCCGCCCCGUCCACGCCCUCGAUGUCGCCGACCAUAGCGGCCUGCGCCAUCUCAGGCUGCGCGUACUACGUCCAGCUCCAAGAGAUGGGCGACGACUUCGACCCCGGCGUCGUCGAAGACGGCCCCGCCUUCUCCCGCGCGCGCUCCGACUCGCGCCAUCCUCACCCGACCCGGGCGAGACGGACGGGCCCCGCCCCGCAGCGCCCACCCGCGCGACGCUCUCCCGCACGCAGCGGCAGCGGCUGCUCUCCGGGCACUGGUCCCUCUCCCGGCUCUGGGCGCGCCUGCGCGCCGCGCCGCCGCGGUUCGACCGCCCCGACGGGUGCACGUACCACCAGCAGGGCUGCGUGCGCACCUGGGCGCUCGUGUGGGCCGAGGUCGCGCGCACGGAGGCGACGCUGAGGCGCCCGGCCGUGGACGUCCUCGCGCGGCUGCAGGCGAUAGAGGAGCAGCUGCUCGUGCACGCGGACCUCGCGUGCGCGCUUACGCCGGCGUGCAAGCGCGCGGCGUUUGCGGCACUGAGGGAGGUCGUGCUCGGCGUGCGGGUGGGGCUGGCGGACCACUUUGUGGACCUCACGGCGGAGGACGAGCCGGGUGGCGAAGGGCGAGAGGAGGAAGGCGUGGCGACUGGGUUCGGCAUCAAUGGCGAAAGGAAUCACAAGUCGCAAGCCAUCAGGGACGUCGGCCGCCGUCAGAAUCCGGUCCUCGCCAAUUUUACGCAGGUCGGUGCAUAUGUCGCCGAAGUGCUGUCAGAUAGUUUGGGGGUGCUUUGCUUACGCGUAAGAAGGACAACGGAUCAUGGUGCCGUGGGGGCGCAUGAGAAGGCGCACCAAAGCUUGUUGGGCAAGUGCCCGCCAGGCAAGGGUCACACAUGA